AAAUAAAGUUAAGCCGCCGUAUUCCAAUUUUCCAAAACAAAUCAACAGUAAACCAGCAACAUUCAUCACUCAGCAGGAUCUACAAUUGCAGUCAUCCUUGUUCUAAAACUCAACUUUUAUUACUUCUUCUUCUUAUUCUUUAUGAUUAUACAUUGAUUGAAGUGCACAUCUAUAAUUUUCUUUUCUCUUCCCUUUUCAUAUCUUGUUUUAUUUGUUUCUUUCAAGUUUUUUUAUCUUUCACUCUAUUUCUAUUUGAUUACUCUGUUUCUUCUUCUUCUUUAUGUUUACUAUUUCUAUUUGGAACAACACACAGGAAUAGGUAAUGGAAAAAAAAAAACUUGUUUUUUUUUCCAAAUUUUUAAUUAAAAAUAAAAGGAAAAAUUCGCUGAACCGCUGAACCGUGCCCGACCGGUUCACCGGUUUGAACCGGUUCGUAACCGGUCUGAAUGUUUUUUUUCCGGUCGGCUUACUGUCCGGUUUUUGCUCCUAACCAACCGACUUCAUGCCCGGUUCCCGGUCUGAUCGGUCCGGCCGGUCCGGUUUUGAUAACCUUGCUCACAACAAUAAAAAAAUGAGCUUGGUUGGCUUAGUUUCAUGGCUCAAUUAUUGUACUUUUAGUUCAAUUAUUAAAUUUUUGGACAUCAAAUAUUCUCAUUUAUGACACAUGACAGCAAAUUAAGUAAGGGUAUUUGGGAAUUUUCCAGAAAUAUCAACUUUCGAUAGAUUAAUGGAUUAAAAUGAAAAAUAAAAUGAAAUUUUAAGAACCAAAAUGAAAACCGAAAAUUAACUCAAGACACUAGCAGUAGUGUGAAGAAGUUCAUACACAGGAAAACAGGAAGAAACGAAGUAUCAGAAAAAAGUUUCAACCAACCGUAAUAACUGAAAUCUAACCGAAAAAGUUGAUAUAGAAAGAGAUCCGAAUGACGGAUCCGGAUCUUCAGGAAUCGGGUUGGGAGGAACUUCGAAAAGAAGCGAGGAAGGUCGAAGGUGACAUUGAAGUCAAGCUAUCUUCAUACGCCAAACUCGGUGCUAGGUUCACCAAUGAAGAUUGAUGGUGAUUUGUGUCUAGACUCUUUUUAUUUGGGUUCAGGCUAUACAGAUAGUGAGUCGCCUCAUCUUGGGUCCAGUAGGUCUUGGAAGUCUAUGGAAAUGGAAAUACAGUCCCUGCUUGAGAAACUAUUGGACAUAAAUGAUUCAUUAAGCAGAUGUGCCGCGUCUGCUGCACAAACUACUUCUACAGCUCAAAAGUUGGCUAGGCAUAGAGACAUUCUUCAUGACUUUACUCAGGAAUUUAGGCGUAUCAAGGGGAACAUAAACUCUAUGAGGGAACAUGCAGAACUUUUGAGUUCAGUCAGGGAUGAUAUUAGUGAUUAUAAGACUUCUGGUUCCAUGUCACCAAAGAAGCAGUUACUACGUGAGAGAGCUGCCAUCCAUGGAAGUAUAUCUCAUAUAGAUGAUGUGAUUAGUCAAGCUCAAGCAACGAGAGCUGUCUUGGAUUCUCAGCGGACGAUGUUUGGUAAUGUUCAAGGAAAAGUGAAGCUUCUUGGUGACAAGUUCCCCAUUAUUCGUAGCCUGCUUGGUUCCAUAAGAAGGAAACGUUCCAGGGACACCCUUAUUCUGGCAGCAGUUAUUGCUGCUUGUACGUUGUUUCUGAUCAUUUAUUGGCUCUCUAAAUAGCCAAUGUUUCUGAAAUAUACACAAUCAUAACAAUGGUGCAUAUAUCUGUCGAUUUUUGUUUCAAACCAAUGCUUGCAUGAACCUCUCUUUGCAUGUUGUGAUUGUAACUUGUAGACACCACGCCACUCAAACUUAAAGAAGAAAAAAAAAACAUCAUCCAAUCUCAAACAGCAAAAUACUACAUUGAUGCUUUUGCUCUUCGGUUUCGAAUGUAAACAAAAAAAAAACAUUUAUUUGAUAGUCCAGAUAUAAGUAUAUUUAACUACUUUUAGUUUGUUU